UGAUGUUGAUUUCUCUCCUCCAGAAUCUCAUGCUGACUAUGAAGAAGUUUGGGAAGAAGAUUGUGAACAGUAUUAUGAUGAGUAUGAUCACUUUGAUGUUUCUACUGAACCGGAUCAUAGUGAUCAUGGAGAAGAAUGGCUUGACACGCCAACGCCUUUUGAUAUGACAGAAGAAGAAUCAUUGGCAAAUCUUAUCUCCGUUCAAAAGAGACUACAAAAAUUCAGCUGGACUGGUGGAUACGAAGAUUUAUCACCUAUCACCUUGUCAUUUUCCAGUCAACAAGAAAAUCUUAUCGAGGUUCAAUUGGAAAAUGCUUUUUUUCGUGAUUCCGCUGCACUUGAAGGGCUAGCUCCUUGUCAAAAUUUGGAGACUCUUAAAAUUGCAGAGUGCCAACUUACUGCUGCCAAUUUAAGACCUUUAGUAUAUGUUACUUUUCCGCGGCUCCAAGUUUUAGAAAUUACGGACGUUCGUGACAUAUAUUAUCUUGAUGAUCAUGAAGACACUACACCCCCUUCUAAUGAAUUAACUGCAAUAAUUAGAAGAACAAAUGGAACACUUCGCGAAAUUCGAUUAAAUCUAGAAUUGCAUUUUUAUCCUAAUAUCAUCGACACCAUUGCUGAAUGUUGUCCAAAUCUUAAACUGCUUGCGGCAAGCAUAAAAGAUGACGAACAAAUUCCUGAACUUCUCAGAUUGUUAAGUUCAUGCAGACAACUUGAGAGUUUAAUUAUUCAUGGCUAUAAUAGCAAUUUUUUCACUGCUGAUUAUAUUUUACCCCAAAUUGGGGCAAUCGUACCAGAAACUUUACGAUAUUUGGAUCUUACUAACGAUGAAUACACAGCAGCAAUCGAAAGUUACGCACAAGAAAAAGAGCUUGAGGUUGAAAAUCUACAAGUAGAUUAUCGCGACUCUGGAUUUG